GUCAUCAAUGACAUUGUACCAACCACUACAGAAGUCAGUCUGCUGAGGGGCUCACACUUUAUCCUCUCAGAUGUUUUGAAACCUUCAAUUAUUACUGACAUUAUCGUCAAGAUGUCAUCCCCCACCGCAGGUUUUAAUGAGGAGCGGCAGCGCGGCGGACCGCCGGCGCCAAUGGGCAUGGACUACAUCCCCACAGAGGAGGAGAGGAGGGUGUUCAAAGAGUGCAACCACGAGAGCUUUUGGUUCAGGUCGGUGCCCUUCUCUGUGGUGAGCAUGGCCAUCACUCAAGCCCUUGUUGCUAGAGGAACUCUAUCUGCAUCUCCAAGGUAUGGAUCUCUACCCAAACUGGCCUUUGCUGGCAUCUGUGGCUACGUGGCUGGGAAGAUGUCAUACAUGAAGACGUGCCAGGAGAAGUUCAAGAGUUUGGAGAACUCUCCUCUGGGAGAGGCCCUCAGACAGAGGACAGGACUGCCUCCGUAUUCCAGAGGUCCUCAAUCAGAGAUGAGUGACCCUAACACCCAGUCAUUUGACACCAUGUUUCAGGCAGCAGAAGCUCCUGUCCAGGCAACAGUACAAACCAGAGAACAUGGUUUUGGGUAUAAUCCAGAGGUACCUGCGCAGAUGAAAAAAACAGAUGACUUCAGUGCUCCAGUUGAAUCAUAUAUGGAAGAGGAGGAGCCCAGGAGAAAGGCCAUCCUCUAUGAGGACCUGAGACUCAAAAACCGAGAGAACUAUGAGGUUACACUCACACAGAGGGCUGAGACUCUGCUCAAACCUUCACCUGAGAAGGGAUCAGAACGACCCAAAAAUGAGGCAAAGAAGAACAUCUAUGGAGACACUUGGGAAGAAUGAGUCCAUUAUUUGAUCGUGAGAUGUAAUCAGUGCUCUGGUAUCACUGUCAUUUCAGUACAGGUAGCUGCUCAGUGGCCAUUUUUCUCCAGUGUGACUUAGUUUCAGGUGUCAUGAGAUUAUGUGAAUUUCUGAUGAUUGUGUUGUUGAAAGUGAGUGAAUUAAACCAAAUUGCUUAAGAAUUAAAA